AUGGAGCCCUCAAACAACCCCCCAAAUGACAACCAAACCAACCCCCGGGAAGAAGAAAAACCCACCCUCCCCAAAACAACCCUCCUAGCACCCUUCCAGCCAGUAAACGCAGAAGACAUCUGCCGCGCCCCAAUAGAAUACACGCAAGCCCUACCCGGCAAAGCCACCCUAACCAAAUUCAUCACAGCCCUCGAAUCCUGGUUCCAAACACCAGAAGAAUACCUCACGCCCAUGCGCGAGAUAACAGCCACGCUCUUCACCACCAUCCUAGUGCUGGACGAUAUAGAAGACAGCACCCCCCUCCGCCGCGGCCACCCAGCCGCACACAUAAAAUACGGCCUGGGCCAGACCGUCAACAGCGCGACGUACACCCUGAUGACGCUGACAGCGAGCAUCGCACAGCGUCUCGGGGAGACAGCGCUGCAGAUCUUCUUCCAGGAACUCAAGAAUCUCGGCGCGGGUCAGGCGCUGGAUCUUCAUUGGACAUUCGAGCAGAAAUGCCCUUCGCUGGCCGAGUAUCUGGGCAUGGUGGAUAACAAGACCGGGAGUUUGUUUCGGUUGGUGGUGCGGUGGAUGCGGAUCGGGACUGGAGGUACCGGUGCGGAUACCGGGGACGAAGGGAAUGAAGAGGUGUUGCGGCUUGUUGCGCUGUUGGGGCGGUAUUAUCAGAUACGCGAUGAUUAUUUGAAUCUUGUCGAUCUUGAGUACACGGCUAAGAAAGGGCGCUGUGAGGAUCUGGAUGAGGGGAAGUUCUCGUUUCCGUUGGUUUGCACUUUGAGCAGGAGUGCGAGGGCGACGGAGGUUCAUCGGCUUGUUUUUCCGGGGCCGGUGGGCGAGGUGAGGAGGGGCUUAGCGGAUGAGGAGAAGGAGGCGGUUGUUGAGGCGAUGAGGGAGUGUGGGGCUUUUGAAUAUACGCUGACGACGCUUGAGGAGUUGUGGGAGGGGGUUUGGGGGGUGUUGGAUGAGGUAGAGGCGAGGAGGGGUGCGAAUGCGCCGUUGCGGCGGUUGAUUCUCUCUAUGAAGGUUUGA